ACAACCAUAAAAACCUCGCAACAAAUCAUACACCGCCUCUUAACUACUAUAAGUUGUCUGUUCUAGUUCAAACCCUAAUACCUCUUUCUCGCUCUCCCCCAUUUCCGUUGUCGUUGUGGAAAACAAGCGAAGCUUGUAGGUUUGUGGCUUUAGUAACUUGGAAGGGCCACUCUUUGGGUAGAACAGACAAAUAAAACAGCGGAAACCCUAGAAACCCUACCGAAACAACCAAAACCCUAAGGGGAUUCGAAAGGAGUCGUUAGAGGAAGAAGAAAAGAGCAGCCAUGCCGCCUCGUGCAGCAAAGAAGAAUACAGCUUCACCGGCUACAAAGAAGGCCGCGGCGAAGCCAAAGCAGGCGGUCAAGGCUGAGGAAUCUGCUCUUGCCGUUAAAACAGAGGUUAAGGAAGAAGCAAAGGUGACAGCCGUGGAAGAGCUUAAGGAGGACGUGACGAUGGCCGUGGAGUCUGCUGCGGAGCCCGCAAAAGAUGACAAAGAAAAACCUGAUGGUGGCCAGGAUGGAAAUGAAAAUGAACUUGAAGAGGAUACCAAAGAGUCUCUCAAAGAAGAGACCACAAACAUGGAUACUAAUGUGGAUGACCAAGAAGAAAUUGGAGAGGAAGAAGAGGGCAAUGAAGAUGACAAAACUCAAGAUGAGGAGGGAGAUGCUGAGGCAGGUGAAGAUGAUGUUGCUGGAGAGGAAGAUGGACAAGAUGGAGGAGAGGAAGAUGAAGGUGAAGAUGUUGAAGAAGAACAGGAAGGUGGUGAAGGAGAUGACGAUGCUCGCCAGGUUAAUGACAUUCCUGCGCCUUUAAAAGAUCGACAGAAACAAAAGGAAUUUGAAAUUUUUGUAGGUGGGCUUAAUAAGGAUGCAGAUGAAGAAGAUUUGAAGAAAGUAUUUGGUGAAGUUGGUGAAAUUGUAGAGAUACGGAUGUCAAGGAACCCUACAACUCAGAAGAACAAAGGUUUUGCAUUUAUUCAGUAUGCAACUGUUGAGCAAGCAAAAAAAGCCUUAACUGAACUGAAGAACCCUGAGGUGAGAGAGAAGCGAUGCGGAGUCUCUCCAAGUCAAGAUAAUGACACACUGUAUGUAGGAAAUAUUUGCAAGACAUGGACAAAGGAAGCUGUUGUAGAAAAGUUGAAGGACUAUGAAAUUGAGAAUUUUGAAGAAAUUGCUUUAAUGGAUGAUACCAAAAGUGAAGGACAAAAUCGUGGGUUUGCAUUCUUACAGUUUACAACACAUCAAGAUGCUAUGAAUGCAUUUAGGCGUCUGCAGAAACGAGAUGCUGUAUUUGGUUGUGACAGGAGUGCAAAGGUAGCAUUUGCAGAGACUUCCAUUAGGGCCGAUGAGGAGGCUAUGUCACAGGUGAAGACAGUAUUUUUAGAUGGGUUGCCGGAAUCUUGGGAUGAAGAGCGUGUAAAAGAGGAACUCAAAAAAUAUGGUGAAAUUGAGAAAGUUCAAUUGUCACGUAACAUGUCCAAAUCAAAAAGAAAAGAUUAUGGAUUUGUUCAUUUCCCUUCUCGUGAGGAAGCUUUGGCAUGCGUUGAAGGUGUAAAUAACAGUGAGCUUGGUGAAGGGGAUGCUAAGAUUAAAGCCAAUAUUGCAAAGCCUCCUCAUAAGAGUAGAGGAAAGCAAGGGUUCCGUGGAGGGUUCCCUAUUGGAGAUGAUUCUGCUGAUAAUAAACCACGAAAAGGUCGUAUGUCUAGGCGCUUCAGGUCUAAAGGGCCACGGGGUCAGGCUGGGCGGGGCACAGCUGGUCCUAGGGGUAAAAUUCCUGGUCGUGGAAAGGAAGUCAGAGAUGUCAAGAAAGAGAAGGCGGCAGAGACUCCUAAAGAUAAAUCAAAGGGCAACUCAAAGAAGGAUAAUGAGAAAAAGAGGAAGAGGGACAAUGAAAAAAGGGGGAGAGGUGAACAGGCUUCAGGAUCCAGACGGGACAACAACAAAUCUCGUAGAUUCAAUCAACCAGGGAGAGCGCCUCCUCGGGCUUUGUCAAGGAGUGUUCCUUAUCCUAGGGACAGCUACACUCGACAUCUGGAGCUAGUAAACAGCUACAUUGAUGAAGCCAAUCGUCCUUAUGGGGCAAUAUCUGGAUCAAAACGCUCAUAUUCUUCUCUGGAUGAUGUUCCCAGAUAUGCAGAGCCAGGCUUGAGGAAUUCAAGAGCUCGAUUGGAUUAUGAUGUUGGCGGUGCUUCUCUUUAUGCUGGAACAGCAUAUGGGCAGUCAGUGAGGCUUGGUCGAGCUCCUGAAGCAGGUUACAGUGGUCAUUCAAGGAGUUCAUAUGGCUAUGACAGAGAUGUUGGAUAUGCACGAAGUUCACUUUCAGGUGCUGCAGUGGGUGGGGUAUACCCUUCUGGCUAUGCUGCAAGCACCAUACCAGAGAGAACAGAUAUUGCAGGUAGUUCUUAUCCAUCUUUAUACCCAAGCCGAACAUCAGGUGCUGGAUAUUUGCCAGGCCGUGGCUCCGGAGCAUAUUAUUAAAGUGUAAGGCUAGCAAAUUCCUUCCUGUGUUGUUGGAGCAGAAGAGAUUUUGUUCCUAUGAUCAUGAAUGAGUUUAUAAAUUUGGUUGUGCAAUAUAUUUGCAUAAUUUGGCGCAUUUAGGAAUUUGUCUAGUUGUCUUAUGCAUGUUUGUGGUAUACAGAUUCUGGGUUCAUAUACCACGAGGCAGUAGUCCGGGCCUAGUUUGGAGUAUAUCUGAGCUUUUAGAUAUUUUGGCUGAGGGUUUUUCUAGUGAAGGAUAGAUUAUGCCUUAUCGUAUUUUAACAUUUACUCAUCCAUUUCUUAAAUGGUUGAUAAUUUCCAUAUAAACUGGUAUGUCUUGCCUUAUACCAGUUUGAGAUUGAAUGAAGGCAGGAUGAUGAUCUCGAUUGCAUCAUUUGGAAAUUUAUGAAGGAUAAUUUUGGUCAAAGUUAGAUCAUCUAGCUAAGACUUACCCGAUGAUGCUAUCUGGGUUUUUGGUUUUAUAUUUGAAACUUAUUUCAAAGAAUUUGUUGGAUUUGGAUUGAAGUCUUCCAAGGCUUCUCUAGAUUGAAUGGAAACCAAUUUGAACUCUUGAAUGUUA